CGCAAACUGUUUAUGCAACUUCCGCCAGUUUAGUUACCGCGCCAUCGGAGACGCCAGCUUACAAACCACAGAUCCUCGGCGUCGCUCCUUUGUUAUAGCUACGGUACCGAGCACCGCGAUGGCGGAUAAAAUGAAUAUGUCUCUGGACGACAUUAUAAAGCUGAACAAGAAAGGAGGCGGCGGCCGCGGAGGAGGGUCGUUCGGGCCCGGUGGAAGUUCACGUCAGGCCGCUGGCUCGUCGAGGCCGGUGCGGAGUCGACAGAAUAACUUCAACCGCGAGAGGAACGACAGAUCCACGCCGUACACCAGGCCUAGAGAGUUACCAGACAAAUGGCAGCACGACAUGUUUGAGGAGCAUGCUGCUGGGCCCAGAGGUAGAGGACCAGGAGCUGAAAGCAGAUCUGUACAAAGCGGUGGCAAGCUGCUGGUUUCCAACCUGGAUUUUGGCGUGUCUGAUUCGGAUAUCAAGGAACUGUUUGCAGAUUUUGGACCUUUAAAAAAAGCAUCUAUACACUAUGAUCGGUCAGGUCGCAGUAAAGGAACGGCAGAUGUUCACUUCGAAAAUACAGCCGACGCACUUAAAGCCAUGAAACAUUAUGACGGUGUUCCACUUGAUGGUCGCCCCAUGAAAAUCCAGCAAGUAACUACAUCAUCUGAGUCACAGAGUAGCCAGUCUACACAAAAGGGAUUUGACCGGAGCAGGCUUGGACAGCCAACGUUUGAAGUGAGGGAAAGAAAUGAAAGAAGGCAAGGUGGUGGUGGCAGUGGUUUCAGAGGUCGGGGGAGAGGCCGAGGCGGUGGCGGCAGCAGUAAACCACAACUUUCUGCAGAAGAGUUGGACGCCCAGCUGGAUGCUUACAAUGCUGCAUUUCAGAUGGACACCAGUUAAAAGCGCCAGAGGCUCCUGUCAACCUACCACCUACUCCCAAAAGCUGGAUAAUUAGAAUUGUAUUCUGGUUUAGAUCAUGUGUUUUGAAGCCAUUUAAAAUGUAUAGGCAAUUUUAUUGUGUGGACCAAUAUUUCUUUCAUACUGUCUUUUUUCGGCAGUUUUUCUUUCCUUUUUAAAUGCUCCUGUGCUGAAACAGUUGCCUUUGUUUUAUUUUUACCCAUGUUCACAUGACAUAGUAGUUGGGACAGACCUUUGAUGUGAAGUAAAAAUUUUAAAUGUUACUGUACAUAAGUUCUGUCUUUUGGUACUGUAAGUUUCACAAUGGAAUAUAUUUCUUAGGAUUUUAUACAUAAAUGCAUUAUGUUGCAUCGUC